AUGGCGUCGGGAGCCCCUGCAUCACCUCAACAACUGAGAGCGUCUCUGGCCCGCGACGGCUUCGUGCGGAUUCCUGGCGCUUUCACACUGCAGCAGGUCGAGACAUACCGCGCGGCCUGCCAUCGCAUGGUAGACCGCACGAGGUCAGGCCAGUGGCCCUACUUCCGCAGCCUGCCAAAACAAUUUCCUCCCUGGAACGAGGACGUCAGUAAAGGCAUAUGGGGCGUGCAGCACCUCCUUCACCCUGAUAUCCCCCAGUCAGAUAAAGACAUCUUUGCCAGUUCCUACUUUGGCGAUACCAUGAUCGACGCCGUCACGGCGCUACUGAACUGCUCACAAGACGAUCUGGUUAUGGAACUGUACAAUAUGCUUGUACGCCCGGAUCGUGACUUUUCCUUACGCUGGCAUAGAGACGAUAUAGGUCCAGAUGUGUCGGCCGAAGAAGAACUGGAGCGUCUAGGUGAACCUAUGCUGCAUGCUCAAUGGAAUCUCGCUCUCUACGAAGACAGCUCUCUUGUGGUAGUUCCAGGCUCCCACAAGCGCGCACGAACAGACAUGGAGCGCAGCGUAGAUCCUUACGAGGACGAUAUGCCAGGACAACUGGCCGUGAAGAUGCUUCCCGGUGACAUCGUAUUCUAUAACAACAACAUCCUGCAUCGAGGCGUCUACGACAGCACCAACGAGCGUAUGACACUGCACGGGACUAUGGGCUUAGUUGGGAACGACCCUGCUCGAGCUCGUAACAUCUUACAGCACGGUAUAGGAAAUUGGGCUGUGAAAUGUGACUUCAGCAGGUUGCCGAAUCCAGACGUGGCAAGAAGGGCUGAAGCCAUGAAAAAAAGGCUAAUUUCUAUGGGCACGGGUGAGGAUGUUGGAUCUUCUCAACAAGAUUCGUAA